AUGCAGAAGAAGAAAGAUCCUUCUAAUUCAAGUAAACCUGAUAGCAAUGGUAAUUCUCCAAGACAAGCAUCAAUUACAACUCAAUGGUUUUCGUCAAAACCAUCAAAGAGGUACUUGUCCAAUGUGACUUCAAUCCAAGAUGGCUUAAAGAAAUUGUACACUCGAAAGUUGAAGCCAUUAGAAGUUACAUAUUGUUUUAAUGAUUUUGUAUCCCCAUUGUUGACGAACAGUGAUUUUGAUGCCAAGCCAAUGGUUAUGCUGUUGGGUCAGUAUUCCACUGGGAAAACAACCUUCAUUAAACACAUGCUUAAAUGCAGUUAUCCAGGCAAUUUACCUUCAUUUGCAGGAGCUCACAUUGGACCUGAACCUACGACUGACAGAUUUGUUGUUGUUAUGUCUGGAACUGAUGAAAGAAGUGUGCCAGGAAAUACCAUAGCCGUUCAUGCUGACAUGCCAUUCACUGGUCUCAACUCUUUUGGAACUGCAUUUUUGUCAAAGUUUGAGUGUUCUCAAAUGCCACAUCCCCUAUUGGAGCACAUAACAUUUGUAGAUACUCCAGGAGUAUUGUCAGGAGAAAAACAAAGAACACAAAGAGCCUAUGAUUUUACAGGUGUAACAGCAUGGUUUGCUGCAAAAUGUGAUCUUAUUCUUCUUCUGUUUGAUCCUCACAAGCUAGAUAUAAGUGAUGAAUUCAAGCGUGUUAUUUAUUCUUUGCGUGGUCACGACGACAAGAUUCGUGUCGUUUUGAACAAAGCCGACCAAGUUGAUACCCAACAAUUAAUGAGAAUUUAUGGAGCUUUAAUGUGGUCACUGGGGAAAGUCCUUAACACUCCUGAGGUUGUGCGUGUAUAUAUUGGAUCAUUCAAUGAGAAGCCUGUAAAUGAAGGUUUCACAGGUCCGAUAGGGAAAGCACUGUUCGAGAAAGAACAAGAAGACCUUCUUACUGACUUGAAAGACAUCCCAAAGAAGGCUUGUGAUCGUCGAAUAAAUGAGUUUGUGAAACGUGCUAGAGCUGCCAAGAUACAUGCUUAUAUCGUUGGUCAUCUUAAGAAGGAAAUGCCUACUUUUAUAGGGAAAGCUAAGACUCAACUGAGACUUACUGAUAAUUUGGAAGAAGAAUUUGUAAAAGUUCAAAGAGAUUAUCACUUACCUCCAGGGGAUUUCCCAGACGUGGAAAAUUUUAAGGAGGUACUAAGAGGUUACAGCUUUGACAGAUUUGAGAAGCUAAAGCCAAAAAUGAUACAAGAUGUUGAUGAAAUGUUGGGUUAUGACAUCCCAAAUUUGUUGAAGACAUUAAGGAAUCCUUAUGAUUAGUUAAUUUAAUUAAUGACGGCCCCAUACUAAUUGAUUCAUCAAAUCUUCACUCAAUUCUUUUUUUAAUCAACAAACAACAACAGAUAUCUCAGUUC